AAGAGGAGGAGGAGGGAUGGGAGGAGGAAGAAAGUGAAAACAGGAGAGCAGGAGAGAAGAAGGGAGAAGGAGAGGAAGCUCUCCGGUGACCAGACUCUCACUUUCAACCAGGUGGAGACGAACUUCAGCAGCUCUGCACAGAAGAGACAUAAAUCAGGGAAACUUUCUUCUUCUUCUUCUUCUUCUUUACUUUUGGAUUUACUGCACUGUGGCUUUUUUCCCCCCGAAGUUUGAAGUUAAACAGAUGAACUUAAGGGACACAUUAACUACGAAAGCUGGAAUUUGUUUUUGGAUGGUUUUCAGAUUUCAGCUGUUUUUCUAACGCAGCUCCAUGUUUUGUUAAUUGGACCAACUGGAGGAUUAACUGUCAAUUACCCUUCAUGGAGAGUUUCUAAACCCUUUUUUGGAAGCCAGCUGCUAAAGGAGGCUGUAAAGAUUUCCUCAGCCGGUCUGGGAUUCAGACUCGUGCAGGAUUACAGGAAGAUCAGUGGAUGUUCGAACAUGGACUUCUGACGGAUUUGAACUUGAAUCCUGAAGAUCCACCAGGAGGUAGUGGAGUAUCUCCGUGAGGAUGUCGUAAUGGUGUGAGCCAGCGGGAUGUGAUGAUGGUUUUGCUGCCCGUGCCAUGCUGAGAGGGUGGUUAGCUCUCGCGAGUGUAUAUCUGUGUCUCUCCUGUCUGCUCGGCGUGACGUCACCAAAGCCCCCCGGCUGCACUAAACCCCUCCUCCUCGAAAAGGUCAACGGCUUCAUCGAAAUCGCCAACAAUACGUCUUUCAACUGCAGCCUGUACACGCCCUCCAAUGAAGACGUCAAGCAGAAAUGUCCCAGAUCCUCCCUGCAAUGUUUUGCUGCUGAAGUUGAAGUCCUCUUUGUCGAGUGGCAUAUCAAUAAUGUCCCCGGAGCGGACAAAUUCAGAUUGCACAAGAAGCUUGAAGGUGAAGCGGACUUAAUUAAGCCGACCACAGAGUCAGGAUGUCGUCAUUGUGAAGUCUUCGAGAUGAAACAACCAUUAAUGUUCCUCGAAGACCUUCAAAGGACUCUUCAGUGGAUGAACGCUCGGUACUGCGACCCAACCCCCCGAAAGUUACUUUCAAAACACCCGUUUUCCUCUUCAUGAACUUUUUAUAUGACCUGAGCACAAAUAAAGUGCACCAUGCAUGAUGUCUGA